AGAACCAAAAAGAAGGGGUGGAAGCAGUAGAUGGGUGCAGGGGAGCAUAAAAAGUUAGUAUAUGGAAGAUUGUAUCAAGAUACAAGCACUCUAAUAUGGCAGACUCAAUGCUCGUUAGAUCUAGUUUAUUGUCUUAUUCUCCCUUUUUAAUUUCUCUUUCCUACUCGGUCUAAAGCUCACAUGCUUUGUAGUCAGAAUAGACAGUACCCGUUGAAAUGACAAGGAACCGUCCAUUAAAAUUCCCAACAUAACGGUACCCCAAGUUUGCUGCUAAGGGUAGAACUUUGUGUCUUGUCCAUUUCACUACAGCAUCUUCAAAGCAUACUCAGCGCCACUAAACAAAUCUCCUUCGUAUUUUUCCACCUUUCCUCAUUUCCAGAAAAUGCUUUCCACAAUCAGGACAAAGAAAGCCCCCCAUGUCCUAGCCCUGUGCCAUACAAACUCUGGUUCCCAGGGAUUGAGAGUUCUAAUUUCUUCUGGCAGUAUCUUGUGUCCUCUCCCAGAGUUUGGUCUUACUCUGCCUGGCUGUCUGGUUUCAACACACAGGGGAUGAUUAUCCUGACAAGGUUCAGAGGACUGGGUCCAACAGUGAUUGUGUGUCCAACCACUGUAAUGCAUCAGUGGGUGAAAGAGUUCCAUAUGUGGUGGCCACCAUUUAGAGUUGCAAUUUUACACGAGACAGGUUCUUAUCCUAACAAAAAGGUGAAACUGAUUCGUGAAAUUGCAGCAUGCAAUGGAAUCUUGAUAACCUCCUAUUCUUCUAUUCGCUUGUUACAAGACAACCUCCAUAAGUAUAAUUGGCACUAUGUGAUUCUAGAUGAGGGACAUAAAAUUCGGAAUCCCAAUGCUGCAGUUACACUCGCUUGUAAACAGUUCUCCACCCCUCAUCGAAUCAUCUUGUCUGGAUCACCUCUGCAAAACAAUCUCAAGGAGCUGUGGUCCCUCUUUGAUUUUGUAUUUCCAGGAAAACUGGGAACACUACCUGUCUUCAUGGAGCAGUUUUCUGUUCCCAUAACCAUGGGAGGAUAUUCCAAUGCCUCUCCAGUUCAGGUAAAAACGGCAUACAAGUGUGCAUGUAUUUUACGGGAUACAAUUAACCCCUACCUGCUGCGCAGAAUGAAGGCAGACGUUCGGAUGAGCCUCUCCUUACCGGAUAAAAAUGAGCAGGUAUUAUUUUGUCGCUUGACAGAUGAACAGCUACAACUUUACAAAAAAUUUAUUGAUUCCAAAGAAGUCUAUCAGAUUCUCAAUAGAGAAAUGCAGAUUUUCCCAGGACUUCUAUCCCUAAGAAAAAUUUGCAACCAUCCAGACAUCUUUUCUGGUGGACCUAAGAUUUUGAAGGGUACACCUGAUGAAGACUUAAAAGAAGAAGAUCAGUUUGGAUUCUGGAAACAUUCUGGGAAAAUGAUAGUCGUAGAGUCUCUGCUGAAAAUAUGGCAUAAACAGGGCCACAGAGUGCUACUGUUUACUCAGUCUAGGCAGAUGCUGCGCAUCCUUGAAGUGUUUUUGAAGCAAAGAAACUAUUCCUAUCUCAAAAUGGAUGGCACCACAACAGUUGCCUCAAGACAGCCUCUUAUUAUGAGAUUCAAUGAGGAUGCGUCCAUAUUUGUCUUUCUUCUUACUACUCGAGUUGGUGGGCUUGGUAUUAACCUAACAGGUGCAGACAGAGUGAUCAUCUAUGACCCUGACUGGAAUCCCAGCACAGACACUCAGGCUCGAGAACGUGCAUGGAGGAUUGGCCAGACAAGAAACGUGACUGUAUACCGACUUCUUACUGCAGGUACUAUUGAAGAAAAGAUUUACCACAGACAAAUAUUCAAACAGUUUCUAACAAACAGAAUUUUGAAAGAUCCAAAGCAAAGACGUUUUUUCAAAUCCAAUGAUCUCUAUGAACUCUUCACACUGAGCAGUCCAGAUGGAGCCCAGGGGACAGAAACCAGUGCCCUAUUUGCAGGAACUGGUUCCGAUGUUCCAACACCAAAGCGGCCGUUGAAGCGUAACGAUGCAAACGUUUCUGAAUUUUCUAAAAGAUGUCGUGCGAAGCUAACCUCCAGGCAGUUAGAUUCCUUUGCAGCAAGAAAAUGUGUAAAUGCAUCUGUUACAGCAGUAGAAUCAGUUGAAACAGCCAAGAGAAACUCAGAAAUAUCCCCUUGUCCUCUUUCAAAAGAUCCUGCCAACAUUCCUGCUGCUAAUACAGAUUUGUUCAUGAGGACAGAAGAGAAACCUUCAGAUUUGGCCGAGGAUCCACUUUUCAGAGCACAGCCAGGGGAAGAAGGAGCAUUGAAGGAAAGGGGGUGGGCUAUUCCAGGUGGUGACUGUGGUAUAAGCAAGGAGGGACCGUAUAACAGGGAGCAGGAGGGUAAUCCUCAAUUGGUUACUAAUCCCAGAAAGACCUCAAAAACGGAGCAUCCCAAGAGCAAACUGAAGAGGCCCAAACAUUCUAGAGAUGCCAGAUUCGAAGGCGUACCUGUUCCUCACCUGGUGAAGCAGAGAAAGUACCAGAGGGAAAAUAGUGAGGAAGUGCAAGAUCCAAAGAAAAGUGAUGAUUACGUUUUGGAGAAGCUUUUCAAAAAAUCAGGAAUACACAGUGUAAUGAAGCAUGAUGCCAUUAUGGAAGCUUCUAAUCCAGAUUAUGUGCUGGUGGAAGCAGAAGCUAAUCGUGUUGCUCAAGAUGCCCUCCGAGCCCUAAAGAUUUCUAGACAACGAUACCGGGGAGCUGCUUCCACUUGGACUGGUACCACCCCAACAAGAUUAAAAAGCAGAUUUGGCCAGAAGAGGAACCCAAAUUUCAUAACACCAUCUUCCUCCUACCAAACUCCAGGAAAAAAGUGCAAGUUGAAACAUGAGCAACUCAUAGUGAAUGAUGUUGAGAAAGGGAGAGAAGAGAAUACAAGUAAACUUUCUCACUUUGAUGGACAAGCAGGAGCAGGAGAGUCCUCUUCAAGUGUGUUGGACUCAUCUUCAUUGCUGGCUAAAAUGAGAGAAAGAAAUCAUCUGACUGGAUCCCAGGGGAGAGAUGAUCAAACUGAGGGGAGUUUCCAGCACACAAUCACCGUACCCCCCACAGCAACAGAACAUGAUGAAUUGCUGUUGGAUAUCCGGAACUUCAUAGCUUUCCAGGCCCAUGUGCCUGGUCAAGCUAGCACUCAGGAAAUACUGCACGAAUUUGAAUCAAAGCUGACCAUGGAACAGUCUUGUGUCUUCCGAGAGCUCCUAAGAAAUCUCUGCACUUUUCAUAGGCGGUCAAAUGGAGAAGGGCUUUGGAAACUAAAACCAGAAUUUACCUGACCAUUCUCUGGAAUUGAUUGCCCCAUCCAACACUUUUUAGCUCUUUUUAAAAUGAUAUGUCACAGAGAAAUGUGUCUUAUUACACUUUUGUGUCCUGUUCUACAUAAAGAGUACCACCAACUUAUAAAACAGGAAUAGAAACCAAUUGAACAUUUUCCUUAUUUAAAAAAGAAUUAAAAUGGACCUUAAAAUGGAUUUCUAGUAAGCUUUCUGGUAAAUCACGCUAUAAAAAUCA